UGAAACAGUUUUCAGAUAGUGAAUGAUUUCCGAGGUGGCACACAGCCUCAAAGAAGCAAGUUUGUUUGACAGACUAUUUCGGCACUUGAACUUAACCAAAAUUUUUGUAAAUGGAUGGAGCGACGGAAACGCCCUGUUCGAGUUUCUGAACAUAAUGCCUCAAGUUCAAAAAAGAAGCUCCUUCUUAGAAGUGCCUUUGGACGUUCCUAUCGAAAUAUCAACAGACAAGGCCAACACGAAUGAAAAAGUAGACUGUUUCACCGGAAAGUUCAAGUCUCCUCUGAGUUUGCAAAUGAACAUGCGUGAAGAAACGCAAACUUGUCACUUUUGGAGCUGUGUUCCCAAACACGGAUGCAGGGCAGUUGUGUUACACUUCGCUGGUACAGGAGAUCACGGUUAUGUACGAAGAAAAGUAUCUUUUGCGAAGCCACUUCUUGAGCACAAUCUAGGGUCUGUUAUUAUUGAAAACCCUUUUUACGGAGUGAGGAAACCAAAAGAGCAGUUCAGAUCCCAACUCAGAUUUGUCUCCGAUCUUCUAGUGAUGGGCACAGCACUAGUUAUGGAAGCGAAUGUCAUUAUGAGGUACUUGGAAAAGCUAAGUCUGGGCUUUCCCUGUUUAACAGGCAUAUCAUUAGGUGGUUACACUUGUUCCUUGGCGGCCACAACCUGGCCAAAACCAAUUCCUGUGGUGCCUUGUUUGUCCUGGACUACAUCAUCAAACGUAUAUACUCAGGGAUUGCUGAGCACAUUUGUUAACUGGCCUAAGCUUCAAAGUUCAAUGCCAGAUUUAAACCAAUUCGAAUAUCAAAAUAGAUUCAUUAGAUCUGCUUCUAGCACAAAACUUGAAGACACAAUUUCAGCACAAGUUUUGUUGUUUCAACUGCUAGAAGCGGCCACCCAUUUAGGAAAUUAUAGUGCCUUAGUUGACCCUAGAUUAGCGACGGUUGUGGUUGCUACGAAAGAUGCAUACAUUCCUCGCAAUACAGAUGAUUUGACACUUAGUGUUUGGCCGGGAGCUACAAGGAUCGAUAUUGAAGGCGGACAUAUGCAGGGAAUUUUGAAUCAUUCUCACUCUUUUCGUGAUGCUAUUCUUCAAACUGUAAAUAGAUAUGAACAUUUAUACUUAAAAACUUAGCAACUUAUCAUUUUCUAAUGUCA